UACAUAAGUAGGUCACUUAAUCCUGAACAUCUAUCAUUAUGUGUACAUUCUUCCAUUAUCAAUAAUCAGCAUUAAGUUCACCUCAAAAAUGAGAUUACAUUGAUAUAGCCAUCUGGAUACACAAAACAAUGCCAGUGACAAAAUAGUGUGUUAGAAAACUGCAUAAUUGCUUGCUUUUACAUUUCUAACUGACAGCUCAGCACCACAGCAAUUAUACAACAAUGUUCCUGUAUUCUACACUAUUCAUUUGACUCAUUAUGUUUCGUAAAAUAACAGUUUAAAGGAAAAACGUGACUCACCAUGAAGAAAAGAUUUUCACACACUAUGUGCAGUUUGGGUGGAGAGGAGGUCAUUAUAUACCGAUGUGUUUUAUUUGGAGUUGCAGCAGUUUGUCCCGGCAAGAUCUUCUUUCACAUGCUUUAUUAAUUCAAGCUCUCUGAGAACAAUUACUCUUUAAAUAAACUGAUAAAAGUCAAUUUCAGGGACAAGGACUACUAACAUCUUUUAAAAUAUGUCUUGGGAAAAUAUUUGCACUGGAAUCAAACUGGUAUCGGAAGAGCAGGAGGGGGCAUGUGGCCGGCCAGUUUGCAAUAUCAGCCCAUGCAGUGAUUUCAAAGGCAUACAAGCGUGUGGAAGUGUUGAUGCAGCACUGCAGGUGUGCUCUGUUGACCUCCUCAAAGGCAGAAAAGGGCAAAAUCAACUGGAGCAUCACACAGAUUGUUAUCAGAGUGAUCACCUUGUCAUCCGCAGAGGACAGUGUUUUCAGAUGUGGGUUGAGCUGAGCCGAGCUUUUAUUCCAAAUAGAGACAAACUUCACCUGGAGCUGAAACUUGGUCAUAUCCCAUCCAUUCGGGACGGCACUUAUGUGAUUGUUCCAAUAGUGGAAGAAUUCAAGAAAGACUGCUGGGGGGCAAAGAUUGUGGAACAUGGACAAAACCGAAUCAAACUGUGUGUGCACUCUGUUCCGACUGCUUGCGUUGGACGAUACCAGCUCAGUGUCGUGACACACUGUCCAGGAGGCAGAUUCACUUUACCUUGUGUUCCUGAAAAUGAAAUUUACAUGUUGUUCAACCCCUGGUGUAAAGAUGACUGUGUGUACCUGGACGAUGACUCAGAGAGAUCUGAGUAUGUGCUGAAUGACAUGGGCAGAAUCUACUAUGGAACUAAGCAGCAGAUUGCCUGCAGAACAUGGAACUUUGGUCAAUUUGAGGAGGGAAUCUUGCCUGCAUGUAUGUAUGUGUUGGAGAAGAGCUGUACACCUUGCUCAGGAUGGGGAAGCCCCAUUAACAUUUCCAGAGUGUUGUCUGACAUGGUUAUUGCCAACAAAGACUGUGGUGUGCUGGCGGGUAACUGGUCAAACUUCUAUGGAGAUGGAACUGCUCCGACAUCCUGGUGCGGCAGCAGUGCCAUCCUGAAACAGUACCACAAAUGUGGAGGAAUACCUGUCAAAUAUGGACAGAGCUUGGCUUUUGCUGGAGUCACCAACACACUGUUGAGGUGUUUGGGUAUUCCUGCUCGUCCAGUUUCAAACUUCUGUUCUGCUCAUGACACUGACGUUUGCUUGACAACUGACGUCUAUUUAGAUGAGAAAUGUCAGCUGCUCGAUCACAUGAACUGUAAUUCAAUCUGGAACUACCACGUGUGGAAUGAGGCCUGGAUGACUAGAUCAGACCUGCCAUCUGGUUUCGGAGGUUGGCAGGUGGUUGAUUCCACUCCUCAACUGACCAGCCAGGGCUUCUUCCGCUGCGGCCCCACCUCUGUUGCUGCGAUCCGCACUGGACAGACCUUCCUGAAGCAUGACGUACCAUUUGUUUUUGCUGAAGUGAACAAUGAUAGAGUGUACUGGCAGCAGAGAUAUGAUGGGACCUUUGGUGUUGUUCACGUUGAAAAAAAUGCAGUCGGUCACUGCAUCAGCACCAAAGCUGUCGGUUCAGACAAACGCUUUGAUAUCACACACCUCUACAAACAUCCACGAGGUACAGAGGAGGAGCGCAUUGCUUUAGAAACAGCAAUUCGUCAUGGCUCCAGGAGGUGUACCUACCCACUGCCCUGUGCUGAGGACGUGACUGUUAAAGUCACCAUGCAGGGUGAUGGACCAUGCGUGGGCAAGGAUGCUGUGCUUUCCAUCGUUUUGAAGAAUAAAUGCAACUCACCUUGUACCGUCACCCUGUACAGUCAAGUGGCAGCCACAUACUACACCGGAGUCCAUAAUGCCUUAGUGAGGAAGAGCCAAAUGAACAUUGAGAUGAAGGCCUGUGAGGUCCAGACUGUACCUUGGACCCUGCGAUAUGAUGAGUAUAAGAACCACCUAGUAGACCAGGCGGCCUUGAUGCUCCAUCUCUUUGGACACGUGGAUCAGACCAAGCAGAUUCUUGCAACCCAGUUCCACUUCAGACUGCGCACACCAGAUCUUGUUAUUUCUCCUGUAUGUGAUGCUGUUGUGGGUAAAGAAGUGCCAGUAAAAAUCACAUUCCAGAAUCCACUUUCUUGCAGUCUAAAGAAUGUGAUAUUCCGCAUUGAGGGUCUGGGCUUGAAGCAUGCCAGAAUGGUUAACUAUGGUGAUAUUGCAAGCCUGGCCACAGUGACCCUGACAGAGACAUUUGUUCCAGUGCGGCAUGGCACACAUAAAAUUCUGGCAUCACUUGACUGUUCCCAACUUAAUCAAGUGCAUGGAGUUGCCAACAUUACUGUUAACCAGUGAAAAAGUAUUUAAUUACCUGAAGAGAAGAAAUGGCUGUUGCUUUGAACUGUAAACUUAUUCAUAAUGAUC